AAGGAUAUGCAAGCUGAAAUAGCAGAGGAGGAAGCUGCAAAAGUAAUGAAAGAUCAAAGUCUUAUUGAUGAAAAUGAGCUUCUCAAAAGAGAACUAGAACAAUACCGUAGACACGCAGGGGCUGGUGGAGACGACUUUAUGAGAGAAAUUCAACACUUGUCAAAUAGAAAUAGGAUCUUGGAGCAAGAUAUACAUGACAAAGAUGAAGCUUUAUAUGAAGAAAAGGAUAAAGCAGACAAGCUGAGCGUUAAAGUAGGAGAGAUGGAAAAAGAUAUCAGAAAUCUAAAACGAGAGCUUGAAAGAUCACGAAUGGAUGGCAGGGAUUUACAGAGACAGAUUGAACAGCAGCGUGAGACUCUGGCAAUGCGAAGAGGUGGAGAUGGAGACAUAAAAAGUACAGUUGCCAAGAAGAACAAAGAGYUGUCUGAGUACUUGGAUGAAAUUAAGCUUCUUCAGGAAGAGAAUGAAGCCCUUGGUGAACAGUUCCGUAAUGUCAAAAAAGAACUACAGGAAUCGGCAGCUGAAAUGGACAAAAUGACAGAUGAAUAUACUAAACUGAAAUUAAUCUUACAGCAAUCUGAUCUGAUCUUGGAUGAAAUGAGAAGAGAAAGAGAUGCUCUGAGAGCACAGGUUCAAGAUCUGAGAGUCCAGGUCUCGACGAAAACUGAUGCCGAUGACCAGAUUAUGAUGGCUGUCAAUUUGAAAGUAGAAGAAUGGAAGGCUGUCCUGGCAAAAAAAGAGGCAGAGAUAGAGCAGCACAAAGGUAUCAUCAGCGAACUACGACAAAGAGUUACUGGACUGGAAAUGGAUUCUGAUAGAUCAUCAAUGGCCAUGCUACAACAGGCUUUGAUGGAAAAAGAUGAGCAAAUACAAAUGCUGAGACAAGAACUUGAAAAGGCAUCAGUAGAAAUGAAAGGGGUCACUGAACAAGUGGAGGAAGUAAAGGCACAGGCUGGGAAAGGUGUUCCCUCAGCAUAUCAGCAGAAGAAGAUAGCAGAACUUGGUUCAACAUUAAAAAGAGAACAGAUACUGUCAGCACAAGAAAGAGAACGGUUAACUCAGGCUGAAGAAGCAGCUAAGAGAAAAGAUAAACAGUUGAAUGACCUCAUGGCAAGAAUGAUGCAGUAUGAAAAGGGGGAGUAUGGCCUUAGUGAAGCAGUACAGGAAAUCAAGGAAAGCAAAGCACAAAUCCGCAUCAGAGAAUCGAGCGGCUUGAGGAUGAACGGUUAAGGUUAAAAAAACAGCUUAGAAAACAAGCCAUGCACAGAGGAGCAAGAGCCGUAGAGCUUGGAAUUACCGCUGAAGAUCUUGCAGAUGUUGAAGAUGAACCCGAACGUGUAGUKUUUAGGAAGAGAAUAAUUGAUGACUCAGACACAGAAGAGGCCAGAACUAGGAACAAAAGACUUGAGAAAGAUAUAGAGAAAAGGGAUAAAGAAUCCGAUAAAAUCAAGACUGAAGUGAAGAGAAUCGAAGCUGAGAAUAAAGAGCUGAAGGAUGAGAACAAACAAUUGGAGAUUGGUCUACGGGAAAUACUUGCUCAGUUAAGAGAAACAGCAGAACAGAAUGCAGCCACGAUGAAUAGAGACCCACAACAGCAGGAACAACAGCAGGAACAACAGCAGCAACAACAGCAGCAACAACAGCAGGAACAACAGCAGCAGCAACAACAGCCUUUAAAAAUUCAAGUUCCAGCUCUAGAAAAACUAAUGGCUCAAGCYUUGGAUGACAGCGUGUCAGGCAAAGACUUAGAAAACGCUAACAAACAAUACAAUGAAUUGACAGCCAAGUACAGAGAUUUGUUGCAGAGAGAAAACACUCUCGUCUCGCGUUCUGCUAUCGUGGAAACGCUCGAGGCCGAGGUCAAGGUCCUUCAGGAUCGCGAGACAGAACUGAAAAAAGACAUGACGUCACUGAAGGAGAAGAAUUACAGCAUGGAGCAAAUGUUAAACGAGCUGAUCGCUAAAGAUGAUAAAUCAGUCGGUGACAGCAGCCCUGCGCGUAAAGAAGAAAUCAACAGAAUAUCAAGAAAACUGGCCACUCUUGAAAUGAAGGAGCUGAAUGAGCGUGAAAGAGCUGACCAUUCAACACGCAAAUACACWCAGCUAAAGAAAGUAUUUGAUGAACUAGAGCAAAGGAACGCAGAACUUGAACAAAAGUUUGGUGAAAUUGGAAAGCUAAACUUUGAGGCCCAAAGGAUUGAACGACAUUUACGAGAAGAACUCGAAGGCGCGGUUACUCGUAACAUGCACGAGUCCGUCGUCAAGAGACUACAAUCCUGUGAAGAAUCUGAAGCCAGCCUUAAAAUAGAGGUAUCCCGYCUAAAGGAGAUAGCAGAAGUAGCAGCACACCAAGCUGAGGCUGUUAGGGCACAUCAAGAGGGUCAAGAGAAGGAACUUAUGGCUCUGAGGACACAGCUAUAUGAUGUACAAAUGGAAAGUGAUGAAAAGACUAUCAUUGGUAAAUAUAUUUGA